GUGCGAAAGAUACAAUGCUGUGUGCUCGGGCCUGUGCAACACAAAUUAACUGUCAAACAGCAAUCUUUCAUUUUGAUGAAAACAAAUGCGAGCUUUAUGAGAAGCGAACAGAAGAUAUUUUAAAGACAAUGGUAAAGUCAGAAGGUCACCAUUUGAUCACAAAGGUUAAGAUGGUCCACUCUCCAGGAGUGAUACAAGAUCCAACAAUUCCAAGUCCUGUGUUUAGCUGGCUUCACUUUACACCUCAGUGGUGUAGCCUUGCAGGAAGGUCUGGAGAAAGGCUCGCCACUGGAAAAACAGCAGACGAGUGCAAAGAGCUGUGUAAAGGAAACUGUCUGGGGGUGGAGUGGUGGGAGGGAACUAAAUCCUGUUUUGAAUGUACAGAUCCUUCCAAGAAGGUCGUAUAUACCAAAACAAACGAUAAUGGCUACCCGCCUCAUGUGUUCCUAAAGAGUCAAAAUUCUUAA